UUCUUGGCCACCAUGAAUGACAUCUUUCAUGAAGGGCAGGGGUGAGGCUGGGCGAGAGCUGAGCAGGGAAGAGGUGGCACAAGAAAUGCUAUUAGAUUGUUGCGACGCACAAGCUCGAACAUCCGUGAUUUCGAAACAUUUUAAUUGUGGUCUUUUUCACUUUAACCAUUUGGAGUUUACUGAUUUUAUUCAUACAUUAUCCAUAUUUUAAGUCAGUAAGGAUUUUACUGAAUAAGGUCAGGAAGGUUUUCUCAUAAUGAAGUCCUGUGCUGGGCUGUUUCUGUUGGUCUGUUGCGUCACUCAAAGUUUAGGCGUUAAGCAUCAUGGGAUGAGAUCGUCCUCUGGAAACUCAGCUAUCAAAUGCUAUAAAUGUGAGAAUUACUCCGGUGCCCGAUGCACAGAACAGCAAGUGUGCACAUAUGAGGAUGCAUGUUUAUACCUCCAUGAGAAAGGUGGAAAGACCAUUCGCAAUUGCAUUCGUUACACUGACUGUGAUAACUCCCGUCUGUCGCAGAAGUAUCCGUCCAUAUCUCAAUACACAUACAGGUGCUGUAACACAGAUCUGUGUAAUGGGGCUCCGGUAACGGCGGCGCGCGCGUCUCUACUACCGCUGCUGGCGGUGCUCUACGGCAUCUGGUGCUACUCCGGCUUAACUGCAUGAGUUAUGAUGCUGUGUGCUCGGGAUGCUAUGUUGUUGUUGUAACAUUGAUGGAUAUCUACAAUAUAUAUUCACCUAUUUUAGUGAUCGGUUUGUUUCAACUAACUACUUAAAUAUAAAGCACAUUACCCUGUAAACAGUUAUUUUUGUAGAUCUAAUCAUUUGUUAUUUUCUUUCUUUAUUCCCACGUGAAAAUACCGAUAAGAGGAAUGUACUUAAGUAUUUACCACAGAG